CGUAUGCCAGCCGGACCCAGGCUAAUCUUGUCAGUAUGACGUUUCGGUGUGGCAUUUUUGUCAUUGUGCACUUUUUUUUUUCUAACCCUGUAUUAUUUGUACGGCACCAUCUUAUCCAGAUCAUUUUCCGCACUCAAAAUCCCUAGGUCGUCUUUUUCGCCGUCUCUUCUACUGCGUCCGUUUCUUCCCUUCCGCCGUCGAUCGACGGCAUCGCUGCCAUUUGAUCAACGCCACCGGCCCACCGGAGCGGUCUCCGCCAUCUUCCGGUGUCGCCGCCUUCCCCUCGCUCUCGCUUCGUCUUUUUUUGCUUUUUUUUUUUUACUAUUUUGCCCUUUGUCCUUUUCCUCCCCUGUCUCUCUCCCUACAAUUUAUUUAUUUUUAAACCCAUAGUUAUUACGAUCGCAUAAUCCUGGUGUUUUCGUGGGACACGAGACACCUCGGUCAGAGACGUGGCGGGACCCAGGUAUGUUGAGUGGCACGCGGACAGCGGAUGCGACGCACGGCACGAGAAGCAAGCGAAAGGAACGCGACCCGUCGGGCUCGCCUCGGGCUCGAUAUCCAGCGGCUGCAGGGCCCGAGCCGAGUCAGGCUCAUCCUGUCCCGGGUCCGGUUGCUGCCGGCGACAACAACCGGCUACUGGCCGGUUGCCUGGCGCAUGAAUUCCUAACCAGAGGAACGCUGCUGGGGAAGCGAUGGGGAAACGAAACGGCCGGCGGUCCGGAGCGGGACACGGCGGGGGGUUCUGCCGAGUCGACUCGGGGCCAGGAACAACAGCCGAGCUCGUACGCGGAGGUGACCUAUUUGCUGAAGGCGGAGGGAGCCCGCAUUCCCGGCGUGGUCAACCCGACCCAACUCGCUCGUUGGCUCGAGAGGUGAAGAAGCCAAAUUGUUGUUUUGUAAUUUUACAAUGCAGUGCAUAAGU